AUCAACAUGCCCUCUUUCCUGUUGCUAGAAGCCGCCUGCAUUUUCCUGUUUUCCAGAGUAACCCCCUCCCUCCCUCAGCAAGAAGUCCUUGUGAGCAAGGAGACCAUCGGGAAAAUUUCAGUGGCCAGCAAAAUGAUGUGGUGCUCAGCUGCCAUGGACGUCUUGUUUCUGCUAGAUGGGUCUCACAGCAUCGGGAAAGGGAGCUUUGAAAGGUCCAAGCACUUUGCCAUCACAGUCUGUGAUGCUCUGGACAUCAGCUCCGAGAUGGUCAGAGUGGGGGCCCUGCAGUUCAGCUCUGCUCCACAUCUGGAAUUCCCCUUGGAUUCAUUUUCAACCCGGCAAGAAGUAAAGGCGAAAAUCAAGAAGAUGGUCUUCAAAGGAGGACGCACAGAGACAGGACUUGCCCUGAAAUACCUUCUGCGCACAGGGUUCCCUGGGGGCCGAAAUGGCUCUGUGCCUCAGAUCCUCAUCCUCACCACGGAUGGGAAGUCCCAGGGGCAUGUGGCUUUGCUGGCCAAGAAGCUGAAGGAAAGGGGCAUCACUGUGUUUGCCGUGGGAGUCCGGUUUCCCAGGUGGGAAGAGCUUCACAUGCUGGCCAGCGAGCCGAGGGAGCAGCACGUGCUGUUGGCUGAGCAGGUGGAGGAUGCCACCAACGGCCUCUUCAGCACCCUCAGCCACUCUGCCAUCUGCACUACUGCCUCUCCUGACUGCCAAGUCGGGGCAUACCCCUGUGAGCACAAGACGCUGGAGACCGUCCGGGAGCUCAGCGGCAACGUCCUGUGCUGGAGAGGGUCUCGGCAGACCAGGACUGUGCUAGCCACCCUCUGUCCCUUCUACAGCUGGAAGAGAGUGUUCCUAACCCAACCUGCCACCUGCUACAGGACCACCUGCCCAGGCCCCUGUGAUUCCCAGCCCUGCCAGAAUGGAGGCACAUGCAUCCCGGAAGGACUGGACAGUUACCACUGCCUGUGCCCACUGGCCUUCAGAGGGGAGGCUAACUGUGGCCUGAAGCUGAGCCUGGAGUGCAGAAUCGACGUCCUCUUCCUGUUGGACAGCUCUGCGGGCACCACCCUGGAGGGCUUCCUGCGGGCCAAGGCCUUCGUGAAGCGGUUUGUACAGGCCGCGCUGAGCGAGGACUCUUGGGCCCGAGUGGGUGUGGCCGUGUACAGCAAGGAGCUGCUGGUGGCAGUGCCUGUGGGGGAGUACCAGGAUGUGCCAGACCUGGUCCAGAGCCUCGACAGCAUUCCCUUCAGCGGUGGCCCAACCCUGACAGGCAGCGCCUUGAGGCAGGUGGCAGAGCGCGGCUUUGGGAGUGCUGUCAGGACAGGCCAGCACCGGCCACGCAGAGUGGUCGUACUGCUCACCGAGUCGCGCUCCCAGGAUGAGGUGGCUGGCCCGGCCCAACACGCCAGGGCCCGAGAGCUGUUCCUGUUGGGCGUGGGCAGUGAGGCCGCAAGGGUAGAGCUGGAGGAGAUCACAGGCAGCCCAGAGCACGUGAUAGUCUACACAGACCCUCAGGACCUGUUCAGCCAGAUCCCCGAGCUACAGGGGAGACUGUGCAGCCGGACACAGCCAGGCUGUCGGGCACAGUCACUGGACCUUGUCUUCAUGCUGGAUGCCUCGGCCUCAGUGGGGCCUGAGAACUUCGCUCACAUGCAGAGCUUCAUGAGAAGCUGCACCCUCCAGUUUGAUGUGAACCCUGACAUCACGCAGGUCGGCCUGGUGGUGUACGGCAGCCAGGUGCAGACCGUCUUCGGGCUGGAGACUCAUCCCACCCGCACCGCAGUGCUGCAGGCCAUGAGCCAAGCCCCCUAUCAAGGUGGAGUGGGCUCGGCUGGCACGGCUCUGCUGCACAUCUAUGACAAGGUGAUGACUGUCCAGAGGGGUGCCCGGCCUGGUGUCCCUAAGGCUGUGGUGAUGCUCACAGGCGGGAGGGGGGUGGAGGACGCAGCUGUCCCUGCCCAGAAGCUGAGAGACAAUGGUGUCUCCGUCUUAGUCAUGGGUGUGGGGCCCAUCCUGAGAGACGCACUGCGGAGGCUGGCGGGUCCCCGGGACACCCUGAUCCAUGUGGCAGCUUACUCAGACCUGCAGUACCACCAGGACCAGCUCAUCGAGUGGAUAUGUGGUGAAGCCAAACGGCCAGUCAACCUCUGCAAACCCAGCCCAUGCACGAACGAGGGCACCUGUGUGCUGCAGAAUGGGAGCUACCGCUGCGAAUGCCGGGAUGGCUGGGAGGGCCCCCACUGCGAGAACCGGGUCUUGAGAGGAGAUGCUCCCAGGGCACGUGGCUCCCACCAGGAGUCUGCAGGAGAACAGCAGCCGCCCUCCUCCCAGCAACUACGGGGAAGGCCUAGGCACUCUGGGCGCUGA